GUUCGUCCAUCGCUAACGGAACGCGCGUCGGACCGCGUCGGAGCGUGCGCGUGGCGUGCACUCCGCGUCCCGUCGUUUUAUGCUUCCGACGUCCCAUCACGGCAUCGCCUACAACUGCAUCGUAAAGGCGGUUGCAACGUACGUUGGAUCUCACAAUCGGGCUGUCGUUUGGAGCACGAUAUUCGCGGAACCACCAUUAUAACGUGCUUACUGCUGACUGCAAGAUGACCGACAGAGUCAUAUUCUUUGUCGCUUACCUUACACUAGUCAUCACCGAAUUGCCAUUAAGGGCUUCGUGCAAGUGGUCGCGGCCAGCCCAGAGCUCGCAGGUGAACAAGAAGGUAGAGGACAACCGAGAGUCCGACAUGGCGCUCACCAGUCAGCUGCUGGAAACACUUCUCGACAACUACGACAGCACCCAGAGGCCAUGGCAUGGAGGUACGGCGAGCUCCGACGACAUGAGGCCAACCAGUGUCACAGCCAACAUGCUCAUUCGAAGCAUGGGGCCCAUCUCGGAGCUCGACAUGGAGUACUCGAUGGACUGCUACUUCCGGCAGCGUUGGACUGACCAGAGGCUCAAGUUCAACGGCACCAUCAACCCCAUCAGCCUGCACAUCAAGAUGCUGGAGCGCAUCUGGAAGCCGGACACUUACUUCCACAAUGGCAAGGGAUCCUACCUGCACACCAUCACGCAGCCAAACAAACUGCUGCGCAUAUAUCGCAACGGUGAUGUGCUCUACUCCAUGAGGCUGACAAUUAAGGCCAGAUGUCCCAUGCAGCUUCAAAGCUUUCCAAUGGACCGCCAGUCGUGCCCCUUGACAUUCGGCAGCUAUGGUUAUACGGCUGACCAGCUCGUGUACAAAUGGGAUUCCACGCUUCCUGUGGACCUGAUACCAGGGCUCGCGCUGUCGCAGUUCGACCUCAUUAAUUACCCCUACCGGAACUCAACGUACAUUUUUAAUAACGGCCUGUUUUCGGUACUUCACGUCAACUUCAAUCUGCAGAGGCACAUGGGAUACUUCCUGAUCCAAGUCUACGUCCCAUGUAUACUAAUUGUCGUGCUUUCAUGGGUCUCCUUCUGGAUUAACAGAGAAGCCACUGCGGACAGAGUUGGCCUCGGAAUCACCACUGUGCUGACGCUGUCCACUUUCGGACUGGACACACGCACAGACCUGCCCAAGGUGCCGUACCCGACGUCCCUCGACUGGUUCGUCAUCAUGUGCUUCUCCUUCGUCAUCUUCACCCUCCUGGAGUUCGCGGGCGUUCACUACUUCACCAAGGUCGGCAGCGGAGAGUUCCCCCUCACCGACGAAGAAGGGGAAGCCGUGCAAAACGAAGGUGCGGCCGGCGACUCCGACGUUGAGGAAGAGGAGCACGCGGACAUUUUCGCCCCUCUGUCUAGCAUCGACGAGUGCGCCUGCAGAAUUAGAAAAGAUUGCGACCACGUGGUGGAGACCGAGCCUGCGUCACAACGAGGUCCUGUCCGGUUCGUGGGUUACGCCCCGCCGGCGCCGCCUCCGCCGCCUUCUUCGCGCCUCAAGCACCGGGUGCGGCCGCUGCAGGAGGACGAGCGGCUGCACGGGGGUUUCCGACGCGGCAGCCGCCGCCACCACCACCGGCGCCGGCAACACUGCUGCUCGCAGUUCAUCAACUGCAUGCUGGGCAACGAGCGCUACCGAGACGAAAUGCGCCGCCGCGCGGACCGCGGCGCCACCGUCAACAGCGUCUCGCAGAUCGACAGGGUGUCGCGUGUGCUGUUCCCGUUCAGCUUCAUCGUGAUCAACCUCUUCUACUGGUUCAGCUCGGGUCGCGACAGACCCGCCGGCUGGGAAGUGCAGAACAACGCGUGACGCCGAAUGGAGAGAGAUAGAGAGAAAUAGGAACACAUGUCGUUCGUUUACCGUGUCAGAGAUUACGGUUAUCCGUAGAAAAAUUUUAAACUAGGACCCCGCUGGAAAAGUGGUGCAUGUUCUCGGCGCCUUGAAGGGCACUCAGGAAUUGGCAGGCGUGUAUGACGAGGUCACAAAAACGAAACGCGCCUUCGGUUUCCUCGACGGAGGCUCGAGUUUAAUUCCAGGUUUUUUUUUUCAUGUUCUUAACAGGCUUAUGGGAAAUCGUGCAGCAUAUUUCUGUAUGUAUUUUGGCAGCCUUUUGUCUUACCUAUUCCCUGUGAAGUACCUCCUCAAGGAGCCGAGGUAACUUCAGCUGAUUGGGCCCAGAAGUCUGCAUCGGUUUCAUAUCACCACGUGAAUUUUCGUUUACGUGUGAGCUAGAAGUGACCUCGCGCCUAAACCAAAGACCGCCAGCAUCUUUUGUAUAUGUAGGAUCUCGCGAUUGACCGGAAUUCGCCCUUGUCCAGCCUGCAGUGAAACUUGCUCGCCUGUCGCAAUUUACUAUGCAGAGCGAAUUGCAAACAUGAUGUCCUGCUAUUCACGUAGGUUUAGCUGUUUGUGACUAGGUGAUGAACCAAUCUGCAAGGUGGACAAUACAUGAUUUCCGGCUUCUACGAAUAGACGAAAGGACCGAAUGAUCCGUGACUAACCUGAUUGGGAAGGCCUCUGAAGGGCAGAACUGUGCAGCAUCAUGCCGUUGGGAAUAAUGCUCGCAGCCGCAUUUUGAGGGAAUACUUACCAAGCUUCCAACUCUGGAGAGCAUGGUAUGUCAUUGCGAUUUCCAUUGUUGCACGAGGAAAUAUGUUGCGCUAGUUUGUUUA